AUGGGCCGCAUAUUCGCGGUUCUCCUGGCGGCAUGGGUGCUGGCGGGCGUGUCGAUGGCGGCGUGGCUGUGCUACUCGCGGCACGCGGCGUACGAGAGCGAGCGGUGGAAUCACCUCGACACGUGGUGCUACAAGCGCGCCAAGCUCUUCGAGCAGCAAGCGCUCACCACCGUCAGCCAGAUUCAUACCUUUGCAGGGCUGGCGUCCGUGAUGGGCAGGCCCAGAGAGCACGGGCAGUGGGCGUGGGAUAAGUGCUUCACGCAGCAGCGGUGGGACGAGUACAUUAACAAGACGGGUUAUGCCCGCCCUGGGAACACUGGAGGAGCAUUGUGCCUGUUUGUCACCGACAAAGAGAGGCCUGCCUUUGAGCAGCAGUACGGCGGGCCGAUAGUGGACAUGGCAGGGCAGCCGCAGCAGCGCCAGCCGCUCUACUGCCCCAAGCUGCUGGAUAUCAACUACUACCGCGGCUCCAUCCCUCUCAUGGAUCUCGUGCAACGCCUGCCUGAGGAGUUGCCUCUGGUGAGGCGCACGGGGGACGUGGUGUUUGGAGCCGUUGUGCCGAUCGGGAAUCUCUCCUUCAACCUCACUGGCGUUCCCGUUGCGGGGGAGGCGGUGAUGGGGGCGGCAGGUUCGGUGGUUGACCUGGUGUCCAUCAUUCGAAACGUGCUUGAGAAUGUGUUCAGCCCAGACCCCUCGAUCACGUUUGAGGCGUAUGACACCACAGACCCCAGUGCGCCCACGAUGAUCUACGGGCCGGGCCCAAGGCUGCUGUUCUACAAGGAGAGGGACAUCGCACCCUUCACUGCCGCCUCGCCCCCCAAUGCCACGCGCCCCUGGGAGCAGCGAGCCAUCGUGCCUCUUGACCUGUUGGGCGGCCACCUGCGCCAGUACCAAGUCUGGUGCCGCUACACCCAACCGACCAACGCAUGGCAAUCGUGGGGCGUGCCCUUCCUAUGGGCGUUACUCGCUCUCGUGCUGACAGCCCUAGUAGCAGCCGUAGCCUGGCAGCAACGCGUGGGGUACCAGCGCAGCCAGGACGGAUUGGCAAAGGCAGACAUCGUCCGGGAGAGCGCAUUAGCAGCGGAGCGGUCCAAGAGUCAAUUCGUGGCGUCCAUGUCUCACGAGCUGCGCACGCCCAUGAUUGGCAUCAUGGGGUUGUUAGACGCUCUAGCAGACAUGGGGCUUAGUGGGGCUCAAACAACGGAUGUGGAGGAGGCGCGAGCAACGGCGCAGGAGACGGUGCGGCUUGUGAACCGCGUGCUCGAUCUGUCCAAGCUGGAGGCACGCAAGAUGGCGCUCUGCUGUGGGGCAUUCAACCCGCGAGAUUGGUUGGAGACUGUUGUCCGGGAGAGCUACUGGAGGGCUCGCCAGAAGGGGAUAGAGUUGGUGGGAGUGGUGGAUGUGAACGUGCCUGUGGAGUUGGUGUGCGACACCAUGCGGCUCACACAGGCGCUGCAAGAACUCCUAGAGAACGCGCUUCAGCACACCACGGAAGGCCAUGUGCUACUGCGAGUGGCUGUGUGCCCUGCCUCCAUGCCUCUAGAGGACGCCCUCCUCCAUAUCAACGCGUCAGAUGCACCAAUCCAGCCGUCCCCUCCCCCCAGCCCCUCUUUCUUCGCCCGAGCCACUCGCUUCGCCACCACCCUCACAACACAGUUCACCCAGAAUCUCUUAAAGCCCUGGACUAAACGAGACGCUGCAGCACAGACACUGGGAGGGGAGUGCGUACAGCUGGUGGUAGCGUGUGAGGAUACUGGGUGUGGCUUUGAUGCGGCCUUUCAACAAGUCCUGUUUCAGUUCAAGGGACGGACGCAGAGUGGGGGAGCGGGAUUGGGUCUAGCUCUCAUGCACCAGCUGGGAGUGGCUGUUGGUGUUUUGGGGAGUGACCCGUCCAGGCAAGAGCUCACAGCGCGAAUCCUAUCAGGACUCGGCGCACACGUGCACAUACUGCCGUCCCAAGCAGCCGAAGCACUCGAAACUUCUCAAACGCCACUCACAGAUGGAGUCUCGUCAGGCCUCGGCGCUUACGUGCACUUACUGCCGGCCCUAGUGGGCACCAGACAUGGGGAUUCCAAUGGAGAAGCCAGUAGGGAAGAGCCGUUUCGGUCCCCACGCUCCCUUGACAUGAUUCAUGUGGGAGGGGCAGUGGGGAGCAGCAGCAGGGAGUCUUUAGGAAAGGCUAGUGGUGGGAGGAGAUUAUUAUCAUCUCCCUGCCAGUCCCUCUCCACGAGUCAUGCGGGGGAGGUGGUGGAGAGCGGUAACGGGGAGUUGGGAGGGUGGGUGAUGAGCUGGUUCGGGGGGAAGAGGAGGAAGAGAGAGGGAGAAGGUGGGGAAAGGAGGGAGGGAAGGGAGGGAGAGGAGGUGAGGGAGAGCCGGCGUUGGGUGGUGGUGGUGGAGGAGGAGGAUGUGUGGAAGGUGCAGUGUGCGGGAGAAGUGGGGGUAGCUUGUGAUGGGGCAUUGAGGAGGGUAGGAGGAGAGGUAGUUUGUAAGGGUGCAGGGGGGGAGAGCAGGGAGGCAGGGAGGUGGGAUGCAGGAGGGCAUGCGUGGGGUAAGAGAGCGCCUGUGGUUGCGCUGGUGCCAGAAGGGGCAAGCAGUUGGGAGGCAGCAGUGUGGCAGGCAGGCGUGCGGGUGGUGAGAAGGAUGGAAGGGAUGGGAUGCGUAUCUACUGUCUCUGCUGUCCCUGCUGUCUCUGCUUCCUCCGCCUCUGCUCCAUGUGCCUCUGCUGCCAUCGCUCCCCGGGUGGUUAUCUGUCACCGCCCGCUGCUCUCUCACCGUCUGCUCCGCGCCAUUCAG